AUGGGCGUGCCUGGGAUGGGGAUGGGAGCUGUCGGUAUGGGUAUGGGCGUCGGGAUGGGCAUGGGCAUGGGGGUAGGGAUGGGCAUGGGCAUGGGGGUAGGUGUCGGCAUGGGCAUGGGAGUAGGGAUGGGGAUGGGAGUGGGGAUGGGGAUGGGCUAUUAUCCAGGUUAUUGUGCGCCUUAUAUGUGGGUUGGGGAGCCUUCUGCCCAGCAGGGUCAGGGUCAGCCAGGGCAAGGGCAAGGACAAGGGCAAGGACAAGGGCAGGGAACGCCAAUUCAAGGAGGGCAAGGACAAGGGCAAGGACAGGUGCGGGAGGGGGAUAUCCAAGGACACCCGGAAGACAGCCAGCAGGUCAAACCUGGAGCUAUGGAACAUCCUCAGCUGCAGCCUGUGGCAGGGCAGACGCUGGUCGGCGGGCAGCCUGGGGUGGAUUUGCAAGGUCAGCAGCAGGGUCAGCAGCAAGGUCAGCAAGGUCCGCAGCAAGGUCCGCAGCAAGUCCAGCCAGUCGAACUCGGUUUCCAGCAAGGCGUGCAAGCUGUACAAGGUGGGCAAGGUGGGCAAGGCGUGUUCCCUCCCGGGAACGGGAAUGGCAACGGGAAUCAGCACAUCCCGCUCCUCCCUUCGCUGGGCGUGUCCCUGCCUCACCACCCUAACCACCCGAGCCAUCCCCAGAUCCAGAACCAGAACCAGAACCAGCUGCCGACGCAGAACCAACUGCCGACGCAGAACCAGAGUCAGAACCAGAGUCAAGGCCAGAGUCAAGGCCAGCAAAUCCCCUUCCUACCCAACUCCAACUCCCACUCCAACCUGGGCUCGAACAGCGACACUGGCCAGAAUUUUCAAGGACCAGGACCAGGACCAGGACCGGCAGGGGCGGGGGCGUUCAACCCAAACCCGAACUCGAAUCUGAAUCUGAAUCUGAUGAACCCCGCUCUGGGGCAGUAUACAGGGCUCCCCCCUGGUGCUGGUGCUGGUGCUGGUGCUGGGGCGAGGGCUGGGCCUGGCCCGGGUGGGAACAUGAACAUGAACCUCAAUAUGGGGAUGGGGAUGGGGAUGAAUAUGGCUCUCGGGACGGGGAUGAGCAUGGGUAUGGGUAUGGGUAUGGGCCCGAGGAGCUACUCGGGCUUGAGUAACGGUAGUGGGGGGAGUGGGAGUCGGACCCCGCUCGAUGAUGGGAGUUCAACUGUUUCCUCGUCCACCUCGUCUUCCUCCCGCGCGACAUACACCUCCAUCGGCUCCGGCCGUCACCCUCUCCCGCCCAGACCAGACUGGGCGAUAACCCUCCCCUCCCCCCCUAACGCAGUAACCGGUGACCUCCGGCCAACAUCAGCGAUGUCCACCAGCUCAGGGGUCUCUGCUUCCUCCCUCUCCCUCUCCCGCCAACCGCACCCCAGGCCUCUGGCAGUCACAGUAACCACAACCGAUUUCCCUCCUCUGGGUCGAGGUGCUCCGCUUCCCCAGAAAACCCAGCUGCAGCUCGGAGCCUGGAGCGGGGGGAGCAGAGCAGUCAUCGACGCGGCGCACAAUACCCCCUCGUCCUCGUAUGGAGAAGACUUUGCUCGCCCUGGCCCUGGAAAGCCUAGUUCGGAGCUGUACGACCCUGCACGGCCUAGAGCGCCUGUGCCUGUGCCUGUGCCUGUCGUCGCCGCCGCCGCGGGGUUACGUCCUGCUAGCGGGCUUGCUCCGGUUUGGGCUACCCCUACCACUCCCGCGAACGCGAAUGCGAACGGCACUGGACCGGGCGGGUCUGUCGGCAGUCUCAGCCCACAGCUCGUACCCCGCCAGUCGACACCAACGCAGAACGGCGCACUAAAGUUGGGGAACGACCCUGUGGACACGGCCAUGUCUGAAGUACUGGCUCGUCUGCAGUUAGACAAGCUCCCCGGGCCAGCGGAGGUUACCGUAGAAGGAGAGCAGGUCGCACCGACUGUGCGAUAAUGCGUGAGCACGGGAUACCGGCCUGCACGCUGCACGUUAUUGGCCCUCCCAUCCUAGAUCAUCUUUCUUAUCUUCCGUUCUGAUGUCACUCGUACUCUCCGGAGAUCGAGCUGUCUCCUAUGCCUCCUGUCCUAUUUACUCGUCUGCUGACUCGUCUCAUCACUGCCUACCCUGCAAGCACAACAUGUUGUAUCAUCAGAGCAUCAGCAUCGACUGAGAAUGGCACUUGUUUU